UUCAACCGAAUAGUAAUGGUAUGAGCUGCCUACCUGCCAGCAUUAGGUAAUGGAUAGAUUACUCUGAAUAUUAAACAAAGUCUGUCGCAGUUGACCCGCGUUGCGAUCGAAAGAUAUGAUGCAUGGUAUUAUUACUUCUGAGACCUGAUAAAAUUAACUUCGCCGACCCCCACUGUUUCCGCCGUUAGCCACCACAUCCGUCUAUCUCAGCUAGCUGCGUCCCCUGUUCGGUUCUCAAUAUCUCCAGACGACGUCACUGCUCACCUCUAGAUCUUUCUCCCUCUUUCGUUUAAUUAGUUCAACAGAUAGACGUAGACAAGGACAUCGUCGGUUGGUGUAUGUAUGUCAAUUAAUAUGCAUAUUGCACAUCUCAUCGACCUCUGGUGGUAGCUUUUUCAGCAAACUAAUCUUUGCCUCUCUAAAGAUGUUCAAGUAGAGAUUUUGGCGAUUUGGAGGUCUAAUUAAUUAGAUCUCGUUCGGAAAUGACUCAGCAUGAUCUGUUUGCUUUCCUUCUAGAUAUUAAAUUAUACUUGGGAGCGAGAAAAAUAUCACGAAUUCGUGGAGGAACGUUGAUUUCUAAACUUUUGGGUCUGUGUGUUUGUUUGCAUACAUGGAUGGAGUCAACAAAUUGGGGAGGUGAAUUCUUAACUUUUAUUUUUGCCGGAUAAAUAGCAGCUUCAAUUCCUUCCUCAGCAUAUAUAUCAUCGCUUUUCACUUUUUACUUUUCGUGAUAUAUACAAAAAGUAUGUUUUUGAUCAAAAAGGAGUUAGAUCAUCUUAUUCUUAGAAUACCCUUUCAAGAUAUUGAAAUAGCCACCAAAAACUUCACAACCAUCAUCGGGGAGGGCGGAUAUGGCCCUGUUUAUAAAGGAAAACUCUCACUUUCUGGUAAUCUCACCUCUGUCGCUGUGAAACGCCUACCAAUAGUUAGCCUUUCUGGUCAAGGGCUCAAAGAGUUCUUAACAGAGAUCAACCUGCUGUCUCGUUAUAAGCAUCUAAACGUAGUUUCCCUUGUUGGUUAUUGUGAGGAAGCCAACGAAAAGAUCCUUGUAUAUGAGUACGCAGAGUAUGGAAGCUUCGACAAACAUUUAAAGAAUAGAUCUAGAGUGUGUCAACUGACAUGGAGGCAACGGAUGAAUAUAUGCAUCGAUGCAGCUCGUGGUUUGGAUUUUCUUCAUCACCAUGUUGGAGCACAUCAUAGAGUUAUCCACAGGGAUAUAAAGUGUGCAAAUAUUCUUUUAGGUCACAACUGGAAAGCUAUGAUUGCGGAUUUCGGACUUUCCAAAAUAGGUCGUGCGAAUGAAAUGGACACUUACCUCAUCACCAAUGCUGGUGGGACGCUUGGUUACUGUGAUCCUGUAUACAUAAAUACUGGGAUAUUAACAAAAAAGUCAGAUGUUUAUUCGUUUGGCGUUGUGUUGUUUGAAGCGUUAUGUGGGAGGUUGUUCUUUAUGGAUAUAGCUGGUGAAAAACGACUUCAUGUUCCACUGGCUAGACACUACUACGAACAUGGAAAAUUAAAUGAGAUUAUUGAUCUUAAUUUGAAGGCUGAUUCAAAAUCCGUGAAAGAGUUUUCGGAUAUUGCUUAUCGAUGCUUGAAUGAUGUUCAGGAAGCACGACCUUCAAUGGAUUUGGUGUUAUGGAAACUUUUGAAAGCAUUGGAACUACAUGAACUUGAGGAAGCUUUUGAAUUGCAAGAAUUUGUGGAAGCAUUGGUAUUGCAAGAAGUUUUGGAAGCUAUAGAAUUGCAGGAAUUUGAGAAAGCAUGUGAAUUGCAAGAACUUGAAGAAGCAUUAGGAUUGCAAAAGCUUGUGGAGAUGUUGCAAGAGCAGGAAUUUGCAGAAGUAUCCAUGUUGAAAAAGUCUGAGGAAGCUUUGGAAUUACAUAAACUUGCGGAAACAUUGGAAUUGCAUAAACUUGGGGAGAUAUUGAACUUGCAAGCAGACUAUGCGAUCAUAAAAGCCAUACAUAUGAUGACAAAUGCCCUUCCAACAUAUAGUACCAAAGAGGAAUUAUACUCACAUCUCUCUACUGGAAUCCUUGUUGAUGAAAGCAAAGUGUGGUUUUCUAUAGAUGGUAAUGGAAAGAAUCAAGAAAUGAUAUCUGCAAUGAAGUUCAUGAAUCCAGAUCCAAGCAAAUUUAAAGCCAUCUCUUACCUUGAAUCUCGAUUCGGGAAGGUAGCAAAGAUUUUGAAUGUCUCCAAGGUUGAUAUGCAAGUGGAGGUCAAGACAAAUUUUUUAUCAUCCAAUGUCAUAUAUGCAGCUUACCUCGUAUGCAAACAAGUAUCCCAUUUAUUUGAAUCACCGAAACUUGCGGGUCUAAAGUACAAACUGAACAACCAAAAAAAAUCUUACAUUUCAUAUAUUCGAGAUUAUAUGGAAAAUGGAUGGGUGAUGAUCGAACUCUUUCGAACCAAUUGUAAAAGAAGAGAUGUUGAAAUCAAAAUUUUUCUAGAACAAAUUUACGUGGAUUCUUAUUCACGAAAAGAUGAAGUGGUUGUUGAAGGUAUCCUGUUUUUGCCAGAAAAGAAGUUUGAUGGUAAAAAAAUCAGCAAACAAGAUGUUAUGAAUCCUCCAACAUGGGAAAAUUUAUUACCAACCGACUACCAACAACUCCUAGAUGGUGCACGUAGAAAGAUUGGGGAAAACCCUCAAAAUCAUGUUCCUAUCAAAACCAAAUGGCAUGCAUACUCCGUUCUUUCCAAGGGUGUUUACAUUAAAGUGACAGGUUCUAAAGAUAUUGAUGUGUGGUUUUGGAUAAACGAUUCAAAUGGAAAGAAAUGUUGUAUGUUAUCACCAGAGUUGAUUCAAUCUUCCUCAUCAGACGAGCUCAAACUUAAAUAUCUAUUUAAAUCACGAUUCAGAUAUGUAUUGAUAUUAAAAUCUUCACCUUCAUAUACAUCCCGCAUAUCAUUGAAGAUCAUAGAUUCUUUUUUGUCAACAAAUACUAGUUAUUCGUGUUACCUCGUUUAUAAGAUACAAGGACAUGUGGAGAAUCCAAUUAUUGUGGGAAUUACACAACGCAUGUCCAGAAAACCACGCAAUGAAAACAAACGAUGGUAUAAUCAGCAAAAUAUUGUGUAUUUGAGUACACCUCAGAGCCAUGUAAUAGGAGAACUGGAUAGUUAUAAAGAAUCUCAUAGCACAAUGAACAAAACCAACAUGAUAGCAUAUCCAAGAAGGAGGAGUGAUGGUUGGUGGGAGGUGAAGUUAGGAGAAUUUAUUACAUUUGUUGAUGCUGGUGAUAAUGAAAAGUGGGUCCCAAAUUUUCUUCCACGGAUAUCUACGUGCCUACCUUGUCUUCCGUGUGUGUCCGACCUCACACGUGACGGGGAAGAUUAUGUUGCAACCAAAUUCGCUUCUUUAUGCCUUGAUUGUGACCCACUGAUUAACAUAGAUAUGAACUGGAGAGGCCUCAGACAUUGUGAUUUCAAUAUGCCAGAGAUCAUUGUGCAAGGUAUUGAGUUUCGACCUUUUUAAAAUCCAUAUUUUGUGUUGGAAGAAUUUUAGAUCCCUCCAUGUAUUGUCAUUUGUUUUCUUCUAAUAGAAAGCAUCUCGUUUUUUACUUUAUUUCACAGCUAAUAUGGUGAUUAAAUCGUAACCUCAAAUAAUGUUACAAUAUGCAUUUCCAUCAUUGAUACUUCAUUUUUAGAAUGGAAUUUUGCGAUGA